AUGGCUGGUUUCGAUCGCCCCGGAGAUCCUUAUUUCCCUAAUCAGGGGAAUAACGGAUGGUUGGAAGAAUCCGAGGAGGAACCUGAGGAGGAACCCGAGGAAGACCCCGAGGAGGAAUCCGAAGGGGAACCUGAGGCGGAAGCCGAAGGCGGACCUGCCGAGCCAAUGGUCGACCAGGAGGAGGAGGAAGCCGAAGCAGGUCUCGAGGAGGAACCCAGCGAAGACGAAGAUGGAAAUGUGAUCGCUGCAAAACCUGAAACGUUCGACAGUGCCAAGAGAUUGGUCAAGAAACAGUACGACCACAACCACAAAAAGGGCGAGAAGCCAGCGGAAACUGAAGACAAGAAAGAGAAUGACAACAAGAAAGGAAAGAAUAACAAGAGAAAAGGGCGACUAGGCUCGGAAUCAGCAAAGAAGCAACAAACAGUGACGGUCAAUGUUGCAAGCACUCAAGUACCCUUCACACCACAUGCUCCAGCCUCAGCUAUUCCAAGCACCCCUAGCCAGUAUUAG